CAAAGAUGUUCACAAUUCCCCAGAAUAGGUCGUUUGAAGAUGCUUCUGCUGCCAAAACAGUACCACUUACUGUCAAGGCAACGACAGCUGCUUUACAGCUGCUGGUAUCCCAAACUCCACACCCUCAGCCGGUCCCGGUGAAACCCCGCCGCCAUUACAAGUUCGCUGAAACCAAUGAAGAGAUCCUCAAGAAGUACGAGCACCUCCCGCCGUCGCUUGAAUUUCACAUCCACGAGAACCACUACCGCUUUAGCACCCAAGAAGGCGGAAACAUUCCCAAAAGUUCGCCUACCGUCAAAAAAUUUAUGGAAAACGUGCUAAACGAAGAAAUCCCACCCGAACUUGUGGAGGUAUUGCGCGACGGCGGAAUUCAACUCUACGAGGGAUGCAUCAUCUUACAAAUUGCAGACUACCGGGAGCUUUCAGGGAAACUCAACAUGCAAGCGCAGCCUGAACCGAAGACGUACCGUACGCUUUUGCGUCCCACACAGCUCUCACUCUAUUUCGACUUGCUUUAUCACACGGAUUUCUCCAUAACGCGGUUCUCGGACCAGCUUUCGCUCAACCUUGAGUCUGAGAUUUUGACGUUGACAAAGCGCAAUAUCGACCUAUCUGUUCCCUUGAAUCCUUAUAACUACGAGCACCUUAAGCCCGAUGUGGCGCCUCCGCAGCUUGUGACCGACCCUGUGUCCGGUCAAAAACGAUUGAUCCAUCCUCACCGUGAGGAAAAGGUUCCGUUCACGACGUUAAAGCCGCCAGGCGUAUUCCACGACAAGGACAUACAGCAGAGAUCUAGCGAGUACGAGGACCUCAUGUUGAUCAUGACGAACGACCAGCUGACUAACGCUGCUACGGGUCAGUUUGCACGUCUUCGCUACAUCGAGCAGAUCCGCCGCAAGAUGAAGCUCGCACAGCAGCAAGCGGCAAACGCCGCAACAGUGCAUGACGAACCCGACCACAACCUGUCUAUCUCCACCGCAAGUGUAGUCUCGCUGAAGUCGUCAAUGUCAAAGGAAAAGCCCAAACAAACCGCUAAAGAAAAGAAGGAGGCCAAAGCGGCUGCUGCACGAAAACCCGUUUCGGGCAAGACUCUACCAGGGCAUUAUGCCAGCAAGACUGUACCCGGGGGUAUGGCAUCCACUGCAGAUGGCACCCCCACAGAGCCUCCAGCCAAGAAGAAGCGCGGGACGUACAAGAAGAAGCCGAAGGGCGAGGCAAAGGACGGAAAGGAGACACCCAAGAAGGCUUCCAAGACAACGAAAAAGUCCGAGGCAAAGCAAGAGUAAACGAGAAAAUGAAUGGGUAUAUAUCGAUUAGCAUGUAUAUUUGGUAUUCAAAGCAAUGCCGCAGAUGACAAUGCAUCCCGGUGGUGCAUAAUUGACCUGGAUAGAUAUCAUCUAGAAUUAGAUGAUAUCUGAAAUAAACUGGUUUUUGAAACAGAGUCGGAGAUUUAUCAUACUGGUUCUGCUCCCCCCCC